UCUGCAUGUACAGGUUGCACACGGCACCACAGCAGGUCUGUAUCGUAUAUGAAGGCAGCAACGACGUGAUUACUUCAUACACCACUCGAGACGCUGCUGUUUACCUGAGGACGACGCGACGCUCACUGCAGCACCGACAGAGAUGCCGCCUCCUGCCUGCUGUGCAACUUGCUGUGGGACCAGCGAGCCCUGCAAAGCUGAUUGUAAAUGCGGCUCCUCUUGCACAUGUACAAAAUGCCCCUGCGGGACCAAAGACUCCAGUGGCUCGAAGUAAACGUGGUAUGAUGACCUUCCUGCCGUCUGUUAACAGAAGUAAUUACUUAAGUGACUUUUACAUCUAGAAACUAGAAAUUGUGAUUAAUAAAACGCUUAAAAUGUGCUGA